AGACUGUAUUAUUAGCGAACACGUCAUUGUCAGUAGGUAAAUUGAAUCUAUCUUUGUUGUACAAAUUUUGACGGAGGAUAAUUACCCUUUUUCAAAAGUCACGUUUUCAGAGCCUAUAUAUAUCACGAUUGUGGCCAGAGCAUUUCACAUUCUCACAUUAUGGAAGGAACAUCUCGAACUUUUCCUUACACCAUAAAAUUCGUUGGUUUACUUGGUAGUCAUUCUCUUGGUAGAAAUCCAAAGUUCAUGGCUACGGCGGUGGAUUUAGGAAGUGAAUUGGUAAGGCAAAAAAUUAGACUUACCUAUGGAGGGGGCAACGUUGGCCUUCAAGGAGUUGUUGCUUCAACAGUCUAUACCAAUGGUGGUAUAGUUAGAGGCUUCAUACCAGGGUACAUAGCAGCACGACAGGUCUACGGACCUAUGUAUGGUGCAGAAUACACAGUUUCAAGCAAUUACUAUAAGCAUUUCGAGAUGAAUCAUGUAGUGGAGGCCUUCAUUGUACUUCCUGGAGGGAUUGAUACUAUGGAAGGUUUGUUCACUUUGAUCUCAUGGGCAUCUGAAGGAUGCGAGUAUGGCAUGAGCAAGGCUCUUGCAAUAAAAAGAGAUAAAGGGAAAGUGUACCAAUUCCUGAUGGGACUGGACAAUGAAGGUUAUGGAAGUAUCAGAUCCAUUAUUAUAAGCAUUGAACCCCUAGCACCAUUGAGCCGUGUCUACUCGACCAUAAUCCUGCAAGAGGGAAUCUUGGAAAUCACAGAGGAAGAAGAACGGAAUCUGGCUGCGAGUGAAAGCACUCCUGCCAUCCCAUUGAUGAUGUCGAGCAUGGAGACGACCUUUGCUCCGAUCACCACUGUAGGAUCGAUUGGCAUGAUCCCCAUCAUGUCAACCCCUACUCCUACGCCGACGACAACAAUGUUCCCAGGCUCGAUAACAACGCCUGGUGGAGCAUUCACACCUCACCCGUCAGCUUGGGCUCAGUUUGCUGCUGACCCGGCAAAUGCUCAGCCUCUACAGGGCUAUCAACAGGUCGAUGAGGCGGAGCAAGAGGCGGCCCGCAGGAGGAAGGGUAAGGCUAUAGCCAAACCCAGCAAGACUCGAGAUUCGGCGUUCAAACGCCUAGGGGACAAAGAGCAUGGACCCCGCAAGUAUGCCAAGCUACGUCUUGGUCCUGAGAUGGGCCGGACUAGCGCAAUGGAAAGACAUAGCGGGAGUCAUCACGCCCAAUCUCGUCGUUCUAGGGAAUCUGAGACGAUUCACCAAGACGAGGAGGAAGCAGAAAGCCAGCCGAGGGCGUCGGCAUAUACCAGGCUCUCAUACGAUGAGGAUGAUCUGGACAAGAUAGGGAGCGUGGCAAGGAAACUACGUGCCCUGGAGGAAAAGGUGGAAGAGAAGGCGGGAGCGAAAAAGCACACCUUGGCUAAAUUUCCCUUUUCGACCAGGGUACAUGCGCAGAGGUUGAGGCGGAAGAUUAAGCUGGACGUGGAGAAAUUCACAGGAAAGGAGGAUCCAAACGUCCACCUUGACACCUUCCACAAUGCAGCACAGAUGGCCGGGUGCACUGAUGCUGAGGAAUGCCUACUCUUCUUCUCAUCCUUGAGAGGGAGGCCAGUGGAAUGGCCAUGGACGGAGAAGUGGUGUACCUACCACCAAUCUGACUCCCACAAUACGGUGGAUUGCCGAAAUGUCAAGGCUGUGCUCAAGGAGAUGGCCUUGAAAGGAGAGCUUGGGGAAGGUUACGCGACGGGUAAUAAGAAGGACCCGAAAGCGAACACCUGGACCCGUCAUCAGGGAAAAGACCAGGGAAGGAGAAAAUCCGGGAAGGAUAACAACAAUCCGGAUAAAGAAUUCAUUGAGAUGAUUGUCGGUGGCCCGGAAGGCAGGGACACUGCCUCCCAGCGGAAGAGCUGGGCCAGGAGCUUACACGUAGCGGUGGUUUCCUUGGAACCACAAGGAAAGCAGGCAAGAAGGGAACCUAUCACUUUCACUGAUAGGGAUCUGCCCAGGACGGGGGAAGAUCACAAUGACCCUUUGGUCAUUACAAUGGACAUCAACGGGGCUGAGCUUGACAGGUCCAUGUUGAGGCCAUUGCAAACUCCAUUGUCAGGCUUCACUGGAGCUAGCAUAGAAGCGGAAGGUCAGAUAACCUUACCGGUUACCUUGGGGUCAGGUAACAGGACAGUGACCAAACAAAUGAGAUUUGUUGUGGUUGACAUCAAAUGUGUGCAUAAUGCCAUUCUGGGUAGGCCUGGAAUCAACCAGGUCAGGGCUAUUAUUUCCAUGGCACACUUAUGCAUGAAGUUUUACACUCCCAAUGGAAUCGGGGAGGAAAGGGGUGAUCAAAAGAAUGCCCGGUCCUGCUACCUGGAAGCAGUCAAGAAGAUGACCUGCCAGUUCGAUCAAAUUGAAUUGGUCUCUAAGCAGGUAGACAAGGGUGAGGAGAAGGCUAGGAUUGAGCCGGAUGCAAACAUGGAGGAGAUCCAGAUUGAUGCCUCCAAUCCUGAGAGGAAGGUCAAAAUUGGGGCUGAUCUUCAGGAAGAGCUAAGGACUGAGAUUGUCCAGGUGUUGACCAGGUAUAAAUCAUUAUUUGCCUGGAGUGUUGCUGAUAUGCCCGGGAUUGACCGGUCAGUCAUUUGCCAUCGUCUCUCUGUUCUUGAGGGGUCUAGGGCUGUAAGACAGAAGAAGAGAUUUUUGGCAAACCUGGACGGAUUAGGGUGUUACACCCUCUACCUCUACUUAGGGGUUACUCAAAUGGCUGUUAGCUCGGUCUUGAUGAGGGAUGAUGGGGUCCAGAGGCCCAUCUAUUAUGUAAGCAAGGCCUUAAAUGGGGCAGAAAGUAGGUACACUCCUACGGAGAAGGCAGGGUACGCACUUUUCAUAACAGCGAAGGAACUCACGUCGUACUUCCAAGCCCAUCCCAUUGUCGUAUUGUCUGACCUACCAUUGGGCACGGUCAUGAGGGAUUCCACUUCAUCGGGAAGGAUGAUCAAAUGGGCCAUGAUGCUUACCCAAUUCAACAUUGAAUAUCGUCCGAGGACGGCAAUAAAAGGGCAGGUUGUGGCUGAAUUUCUUGUGGAGAUGACGGGUCACCAGGAAGAAGAACCGGCUAGGGCCAUCACCGAACCUUGGUGGUCCAUGUCGGUAGAUGGAGCCUCUAGACCGAAAGGUUACGGGGGAGGCGUAGUAUUCACAACUCCAGAAGGGUUCAAAUUAUAUCAUGCCUUGAUCUUUAAUUUCAAGCUCACAAACAAUGAAGCGGAGUAUGAAGCAUUGAUAGGGGGUCUGAGACUGGCCAAAACCCUACAAAUCACAUGCCUCAGAAUCAAAUCCGAUUCAAGCUUGGUGGUAGGCCACAUCAAUGGCAACAUGGAGGCCAAGGGAGAGAAGAUGCAAAAGUACAGGGGCUUGGCAAAGGCACUAUUGAAGGACUUGGUUGAAUAUGUGAUGGAACAAAUCCCUAGGGGGGAGAACACCGAUGCUGACUUACUAUCAAAAUUGACGCAAGCAGCCCCGGAACAUGUCUCAAAAUUGGCCAGGAUUGAGAUGCUAGAGAAGGCUAGCAUUGAAGGGCUUUCUGUUAGCCUGAUUGAGGAAGAUGGACAACCCAAUCUAGGCCUGGUGUUACCAGAUGAUAUUUGGAUGGAUGACUUGGUCAAGUAUUACAUGACCGGGAAAUUCCCUGAGGAUGAGGAAAGGCUGUUUGGUAUCUUGGACAUUGCUCGGCAUAAAGAUAUUGAUAAUCUUGAUGAAGUUGUGGAUCCAUACGCACUUGUGCAUGCCGUGCACGAGCGGGCUGUAGAGACCAUCCGAGAAGCUGGGUAUGGCCAGAUGCUUUCUCACCCAGUCCAGGCUCUAGCAUAUGAGCCGGUGGUAAUGCCUCGAAGACCUGAUAGACGUCGAGACACACCAAUGCGUGGCAGACCUCCUCGAAGGCAACGCCAAGAAAGACAAUCAGAUGAGGAGAUAGAGGAUGAUGAUCUGGACACAUACAUUUCCGACCAUACCCCACACGUCCCCCAGGCUUCACCAUCACUAUAUACACCUGCUAUCCUACAACCACCAUUCGGGGAUGUGGCGUCCUUUUCACACGCUCCACCACCCAGAGUUCCGUCAGAUACCCUAUUUGAAGACUAUUUUCGCAAUUGACUCAAGAUAAUGAGAUACAAGAUCCUCUUGAGCAAAGUACACCAUUGGUUCAUCAUCGGCGACCACGACAAAUACGCGAUAGGCGGUGCGGUACGGGAAGUCACUUCAUAGUUCCAGGACAUUCACUCGACAAUGACUACGACUCGUAGACAUUUUUUAGAUUAUCAUUUUAGUAAUUAUGUUAGAUUUUAAAAAUAAUAAUUUUUGUUUUACAUU